AUUCCUCACACACAACACUGUCUUUUCUUAACAACCUCAAAUUCCUCAAAAUAAUCUUUCUCUCUUCAUUCUUUCUUUUCUCUUAUCUUCUAAUCAUUUUCACACAUUCUUAGUAAAAUUAUUGUAACUUAUUUAUCAUCCUUAUAUAAUCUUCUUGAUCAAAGGAGUUAGUUUAGUUUGUGAUUAAUUAUGAUGGAUGGUGCAAUGGAGAAAAAUUCAAGUGAUGAAGUUUUUGAAUUGCCACCUGGAUUUAGGUUUCAUCCAACAGAUGAAGAACUCAUAACUCAUUAUCUCUCUCAAAAAGUUCUUGAUAAUUGCUUUUGUGCUUUAGCUAUUGGUGAAGUUGAUUUGAACAAGUGUGAGCCUUGGGAUUUACCUUGGAGGGCUAAAAUGGGUGAGAAAGAAUGGUAUUUUUUCUGUGUGAGGGACAGGAAAUAUCCUACUGGUUUAAGAACAAAUAGGGCCACAUGUGCUGGAUAUUGGAAGGCAACAGGUAAAGACAAAGAAAUUUAUAGAGAGAAGACAUUAAUUGGAAUGAAGAAAACUCUUGUUUUCUACAAAGGAAGAGCACCUAAAGGAGAAAAAACAAAUUGGGUCAUUCAUGAAUAUAGAUUAGAGGACCCAUAUUCUUUGCAAAAUACUUCCAAAAGGGCUAUGAGGGAAUGGUCUAUAUGCAGAGUUUUUGAGAAAAGUUCAAGUGAAAACAAAAUGCAUAUUCAAGAUUUGGUAAGGUUCAAUUCAAAAGGAAAAGAACAACUACCUCCAUUGAUGGAUUCACCACCAUACAACAAUAAUGAAACAAAAACAACUUUUGGAGAUUCAUCACAUGUGACAUGUUUCAAUGACAACAACAACAUUGUUGAUGAUAGAUUUGAAAAUCCCAUGUUAACAUCUUCAUAUUCUUCAAACCCUUCUUAUGAUACUAUCUCAUGGACCCAAUAUUUGUCACACCAAUCAACACAAAUUGGAAAUUCAUCACAAUCCUCAGAAGAAUCCAUGUUGAAGAUGUUGAUUGAAAAUAAUGAGACAAAAAAUCAGAAAGCUCAAGAAUGUAACUAUGAUGUUGACAUUGACAUUUCAACUAUGAUUUAUAAUGAUGAAAUGUUUCAAAGUUCUUAUGUGAGUGAAGAAUAUUCAUCAGCUUCAAUAGGACAUUUUGAUACUGGUUGCUUAUGGAAUUUCUGAAGAUGAAGGUUGGAAGAUAUUGUACAGAUUAUAAUAUUAAAAAAAAAUAUAAUUUAGGAGUUAAUUAUGUUAUACAUGUAUAUUAGUUGCAUUUAGAUUUAUGUUAUACUAGAAAAAUACAUGAAAUGGAUGUAUUACUAAAUACUUAGUUGUAUUUUUUGGUAUAGUUUUCAAAAGAUGUAUUGCUUGACAAUUAUAUAA